GGGGCCGGGGCAGGGGAGGCCGGGACCAUCGCAGCGACAAUUUCUUUUCCUGUUGCAGGGGCGGCUGCAGCAGGCUCGGAUGGGCCCUGACUGCGCGUGGCUUUGCUAGGUCUCUGAUCGCCCCCGGUGCUGCGGGGCCCCCGGCAGCGAAGGGGAGGAGGAAGAGGGGAACAACGCACGCAGCCAGAGCGAGGGAAACUAACAAAGCUCCAUCGAGAGGUCCACAGAGAGGGGUGGACGCACGGCCGAGGCCAUGGGGCUGGCGCCUCCACGCCGGGGGCCAUAGCGCCGGGCUGCAGUGCCUUCUAGCAAAAGCCAGCGCGGCCGGACUGCGGCGGCCAGACGGAUGCCAAGGCCACACGACAGGCGCGGGGGCAGCCGCUGCAGUCGCCGCCCCACGCGGGCUCCGGACAUCCAGGGCUGCUGACAGAUGAAGUGAUCGAGAAGAAACACUGAACACCCUCAUUUUGGAGACAGGGCACCAUGGACUGUGAAUUUACUGUGAAUUCUCUGAAAAAGUUAGCUGCUAUGCCCGACCACACCGACGUGUCCCUGAGCCCGGAGGAGCGGGUCCGAGCCCUCAGCAAGCUUGGCUGUAACAUCACCAUCAGCGAGGACAUCACCCCGCGCCGCUACUUCCGGUCCGGAGUGGAGAUGGAGAGGAUGGCCUCGGUGUACCUGGAAGAAGGAAACUUGGAAAAUGCCUUCGUUCUGUAUAAUAAGUUUAUCACCUUGUUCGUAGAAAAGCUUCCCAGCCAUCGAGAUUACCAGCAAUGUGCAGUCCCCGAAAAGCAGGACAUUAUGAAGAAACUGAAGGAGAUUGCAUUUCCAAGGACAGAUGAACUGAAAAAGGACCUUUUAAAGAAAUAUAACAUAGAAUACCAAGACCAUAUGCAAAGCAAAAACAAAUAUAGAGCCGAAUAUCUCAAAAAACUGGAACAUCAGCGAUUGAUAGAGGCCGAAAGGAAGCGGAUCGCUCAGAUGCGCCAGCAGCAGCUGGAAACGGAGCAGUUUCUGUUUUUCGAAGAUCAACUCAAGAAGCAAGAAUUAGCCCGAGGUCAGAUGCGAAGCCAGGAAACCCCAGCGCUGUCGGAGCAGAUUGAUGGCAGCACCUUGUCCUGCUUUCCCAAACACCAGAACAAUUCCCUGCUGAACGUAUUUGCCGACCAACCCAAUAAAAGCGAUGCCACCAAUUACGCCAGCCACUCUCCUCCGGUCAACAGGGCCUUAAAGCCAGCUGCUACCCUCAGUGCCGUUCAGAAUUUAGUGGUUGAAGGACUGCGAUGUGUAGUUUUAUCAAGAGAUCUUUGUCACAGAUUUCUGCUGCUGGCAGAAUCUAAUACAGCGAGAGGAAUAGAAACCUGUGGAAUACUCUGUGGAAAGCUGACGCACAACGAAUUUACCAUUACCCACAUCAUCGUGCCAAAGCAGUCUGCAGGCCCAGACUACUGCGAUGUGGAGAACGUGGAGGAAUUAUUCAGUGUUCAGGAUCAGCACGGCCUCCUCACUCUGGGAUGGAUCCAUACACAUCCGACCCAAACGGCUUUCUUAUCCAGUGUCGAUCUUCACACUCACUGUUCCUAUCAGCUCAUGUUGCCAGAGGCGAUUGCCAUUGUGUGUUCACCAAAGCAUAACGACACUGGCAUCUUCCGGCUCACCAGUGCUGGCAUGCUCGAGGUCUCCACCUGUAAGAAGAAGGGCUUUCAUCCGCACACCAAGGAACCAAGGCUGUUCAGCGUAUGCAAACAUGUGUUGGUAAAAGACAUAAAAAUAAUCGUGCUGGAUCUGAGGUGAUAUGUUCUGAAGAUUAGCACCAUCACCACCGGAUAGCUGCCCAUGGACAUGUGGUCCCUGGAUUUUCUUAAGAUGUUUCCAGAAGUGACUGAUAUUUUAUAUUUAUACAUUUUAGACCAGAAAGUUUGAUAUUUAUUGCUCUUGUGCAUUUUGAAGUUUUCUUUUUGGGUUGCUCUGUCUCAAGAGUGGUCACAAUGAUGUUAAAUCAAUAUAUCCAUUAAUGGCCCCAACUACUAUGACCAGAUAAUAAAUUAUGCUGCAAACUAUAAUAUGACCAGUAUUUAAAGAAGUCUCUGCAUAUGUUUUCAGAGCAUUAGAUGUUUUGCUGUAUUUUUUCUCAUUCCUAUGAAAUAUAAUCCCAAACAAGGAAUUCUGAGUAGCAGGUGGUCUCUAAGCCAGGCCAUCUGCUUCCACAACCUUUCCCUGUGCUAGGAGAUGAGCUGAUCCCACAUGUGAGAAGAAAUGUGGCUGUAUAUGGGCUUCAUAUGCUAAGAAAUUGAGGAUAACAUCAUUCAGGGAAGAGUGGGUUGUCUAUGGAGCUGGACAUGCAAAGUUAAUUUGCCCUUAGCUGGUGAUGUCCGUAGACUCAAAGCCCCAUGCAUAGAGCAAGCCACACUCUAGUUCUAUAGUCUAGGAUCUGAAACUUCCAAGUCCACAGUUGUCAUAAGGCAGAAACAAGCCACUGAGCUACCCAUAGCAGGCUCUUCAUGCGUGAGAACCGGAGCAGAAUCUGGGUGGCACAGUCCUGGUAUUAGGGAGUAGACCACUGGGGGAGGGAUGCUACCUUGUCCACACACAGAGUGCAGGGAAUACCCCUCUUUAUAAAACAGAAAUCAUUGAACUUCCUGGUGGGCGCUAGUACAUGCAAACAAGGUCAUGUAGGCAACUCAGAUAUAAAGCCAGGAGGAGAGCAAAGGCUGGGAAAGCUGUGGUUGGCAUACAAGACAUUGACUGUGAAACCUUAAAAUUGUUUACUCAAAUUAGUCACUGUCUGGCUGGGUCCUGGAUGUAACAGUGGAAUGAUGGUGAAUCUGCAAUCUUGAGUCUGAAGAAGAUGCUGAAAAUUCCUCCACAGCUUUUGCAGAGGGAAAAGCAUUUACAGAUUGCUCAAGAAAUAAGCUCCAUUAUGUUUCCUGCUUAUAUAAAGGCUGAUGAAUAAGAAAAAGAAAACAAGCAACUAGCUGACAUUUGUUCUAUUCCUGACUUUAGGCAAGGUUUCCUUACCAACAGAAAUGAAGUGUGUGUGUUAUUGCUUUAGCAGUUUCCUGUCAGCAAUAAAAUGUGUUACCUAUCCAA